AUGGGUGGGAAAAGGACGUGGUUUGCAUGUGGACAAGAGGUACUAGAAGAAGAGGAGGAUUCUCCUGCGACAGCGGCAUUUGGCCUCAUUAGCUGUCUUCUUGCUUCCCAGUAUCUCUGGCUUUCUUGCUUGUCUUUAGAGCUGGACACCGAAUCAGGUGGGUCUUCCUUGUCUUUAGGGCUGGACACCGAAUCAGGGCUGGACACCGAAUCAGGUGGGUCUUCUCCCUCUUCUUGCUUCCCAGUAUCUCUGGCUUUCCGUCGUUGUCUCGUCUUGCUUCCCAGUAUCUCUGGCUUUCUAGUUGUCUUUAUUUUUGCUUCCCAGUAUCUCUGGGUUUCCGUCGUUGUCUUUAGGGCUGGACACCGAAUCAGGUUACAUAGAGGGCAUGUGGGUUGGAGUGUUUACUCCCAAUCUGUGAAGGUGUUUUGCCAGGCAAUCGUAUACUCCCAAUCUGUGAAGGUGUUUUGCCAAGCAAUCGCUCGCCAGCACGCUUGUGAGGAAGACAGGCCUAUAGUUGUCAAAGUUGCUAGGGUAUUUGCCUCUAUUGUUGUCAAAGUUGCUAGGGCCUUUGCCCUUUUGUAGUACGAGACUGGUCUCCCAGAUUUUGUUGAAAAGCGUCAGCAUGGUUUCCUUGGCCUUUGGUCCCAUUCUAAUUUGAAAUUCCGGAUGAAUACCGUCUUCGCCAGGAGACUUCUUGCACUUUAG